CUAGCUGCUGUUGAAAAGGGUAAUUUUGGGAUUCUGUUUAAAUUGGACAUUUUGGAGAGUUGUGCAUAAAUGUAUGCGUGUCAGAAUUUACUUUUUGGGUAACAUUUUGCCCUUGGUUUAGCCUUUUAUCACUUUAGUUUACCUUUUAGAAUUUGUAAUAUCAACCUCUUUUAAGACCUUUUUGGUAAAUCAGUGUUUACCAUCCCAACCUCUAUCACCAUCUUCAUCUUCUUUCUUUCUAUCCUUAUUCUCUGUAUGAUCUUUCCUUCACUCCAGUAGAAGAAUCGUCUUCAACUUCAGGUUGAACUCUUCGUCAUCCUGCUUCCGAUUUACAGUUAGGUCCCUUUUUUGGAUCAAAAGUCGGGGUAUUUUUGUCACUCUGCUCAGUUUGUAUUUUCUGUAGCAGUCUUUUCAGUUUGCGCGCUCUCCGAUACGCGCCUUUUCUAUCGACGUGGAAGACAAACCAGUUCUUGCUUCUGCUGCUGUUUCUCCAGAUGUGUAACACCUGUAUUUGGAUGGAUAUCCGAUUAGGGGUCACGCUAAUAAUAUCUGCAACAGCUUCUAUUCUGCUUUGGGUUUUCUGGCUUACUGUUCCGUUCCUUUUAGCGUCUCUCCUUACUGGCUGGAACAAUUUUUGUGUGCACCACUUCCAGUAGUGCUGCCGUAUCUGCUCUUACAUAUCUUACUUUUGCACAUUUUUCGCAUAUGGUUGACACUGGUAUUACUUCCAUAUUCUUUAGUACAAAGGAGAUUGGAUAAUGGGAUCACUUUUUUUAUGUUGAUAGGAUGAUGGAUAAAUUAUAGCCCAAAAAAGGUAAACAACCAAUGAACUUGGUGAUAUGCAAAUAGAUUUAUGGAUUUUAGGGGAUACUCUUCCCAACGAUUCUUAUGACAAUAGUAGACAUCUCAGAAAUUUAUUUGUACUUGUGGUUGUUCUGAAGCAUCAGUACAAAUAAAUAUUGAGUGCAAAUUACUUUUCCCCCCUACACUACUAAAAACUUGAUAUAAUUUAUGUGUUUAGGCUUGUGGUAGAUAUAAGAGAAAAAUAUAUAAUGUUACCUUUUAUUGUGUUUUAACUUUUACUUUUGUGUAGUAUAUAUGAAAUCAUCUGAGACUUUAUUAUCUUUCCAUAGUUAUCUUAUUAGCUACUCUAAUCACAGAUAUUGCUAGGUUGAAGCUGAUAAAAACAUUUUUUUUUUGCUAAUUGUCAUAUGAAAAUUUUUAAACUUUGAAGUGCUAUUCGGAUAUUCUUUCCGUCGUAACCAAUAAACAAAAGCUGACUUUAAGUAGAUAAUAAGUUCUGUAGAAAAAAAGUUGUUCAUUUGCUGAAACUCUCAGUUAUUGUGUUUACAAGCACACUUAAAUGAAUAAUUUAAACAAGAUUCUACUAGGUUCUUUAUUAUAACUUGUGUGUAUUCAUGGCAUUAUCAAACCUAUUUGUUUUCUUGGAAAGAGCUUAUGCCGGGGGUUAGGUGAAAGAGUUUAUAUUAAAGUAAAAGGUCUGAAAGCUCUUACUCUUACGGAAUUAGGUGAAGAUUACGUACCAUAUUUGAAAAGUUUGUAUAGGCCACAUUCUGCCAUAAAGAGCAAGUUUCCACAAAUUUGGUCUUUCAAGCACAAUUUAUAGAAGAAUUAUGGACCUGCAGUUGCUUCCCACACCCCGGACAAAGUUAACAUGGAGUAAGCUUGACCAAACAGAGUUAUAUAUUAUAAUCCCUAUUUUUGAAGGCAGUUGACACGAGUUAUCAUGCAGUGACAUUUUAGGUCGCUACAAAGCUGUGACUAUUCACUCAAUUUCAUUCAUGACUAAAAGAUAAAAAAGCAUAACCGUUAAUUUAUUAUGUGAGUUUAUCCCGACUCAUAUAUAUGCACGUUUGAUAUGUCGUGAACUGAUGCUUCAUUGUGUCAAAUGCUUUUGUAUUUUCUUUGCAGUUUUUGUGUGCACCACUUCCAGUAGUAUUGUCGUAUCUGCUCUUACAUAUCUUACUUUUGGACAUUUUUCGCAUCUGGUUGACACUAGUAUUACUUCCAUAUUCUUUAGUAGAAAGGAGAUUGGAUAAUGGGAUCACUUUUUCUAUGUUGAUAGGAUGAUGGAUAAAUUAUAGCCCAAAAAAGAAUUGCUGACGUUUCUCCUACGUUUAGUACAAUUAACAUAGUUGCAGAAGAAGUUCAGCACUGUAAAGUAUCAUUUAAGAGUAGAUACUACGAUUCUGAUGGAUCAUACAAAAAAAAACAAGUGACCUCUAUCAGAAACGGAUAGGAAUGUCAACAGGCGCGAAAAAUACAAAACGAUGUCCGCAGAGAAAAAGCAGAAGUUGCUACUACAACGUCGACUUAAAUACCAAGAGUCAAAGAUACGUGCACCUGCUGAGAAUAUAACUGUGGAUUGCAUGAAUGGAAUAAUGGAUCCACCUGAAUGCUCUUUAACCACUUCUUACAUUCUGCAUUCAGAUUUUACUACGUCUGAGGAUCAUCCUCCGCCUUCUGCUUCGGGUAAUGAAAGAGAUAUAGUGCAACCACUUUCUAUCUAUGAAAAAGGUUCAACGUCAGCAGCACCCAGUGAUCUACGUAACAAAGACUCCGAAAUAGUUACAUGUAGAGGUCGUGCACCAACUACAAAGUUUGCUCCAAUUACCGGUCGACUGCGUUCAAACUAUGUUCCGCUGAAGAAAAUUCCAAUCUGCAAAUUUUGCGCAGCAAAGAGAUUUGAAUAUGAACCGCCUGCAUUUUGCUGUGAGUCUACAUAAUACAUGGAGCACAGAUUAACCAUUGAUAGGAUUACUCCACAAACAAAAGAGUGGACAUCAAAGGUACAACUCAUUGAGACACCGCGGCCAAGGAAAAGUAAAGAUGGAAAGACGCGAUUCCAGAUUGCUGUUGUCCGAGAUGAAAGAGUAAUCUUCUAACUACCGUGUCACUUCUUAUUCUACUGGUUGAAAUAUAAUUGCAAUCGCCAGUAUUCUUUAAUUGAAAGAAAAGAAACAGAUCCAUCUACUUAGGUA